AUGGGGCACCGGAGACACUCUGACCUUAAGGACAGCCAGAGAAAAGACCACCAACAGAGGAAGAGCAGACAGACAGCAGACAUUCUGGCCCGCGCGGUGCGUGGCGGGUCAUCGGGGCGCGCGGUGCGGAGCUGGCGAGCCCGGGGCGGCGGGGGUGCGGGAGCUCGCCGGACACCGGUCGCCCGCGGCCGAGUGGCGGAGGCGCUCGCUGCAGUGGCCGCAUCUCCGAGAGGGAAAUCCUGCUGGACCAUCACAUUCGAGCAGUUCAAGGAAGCGCUUGAAGAGCUCUCCAAGAAGAGAUUCAAAGACAAGAGCAGCGAGGGGGCUGUCCACGAGGUGCACAGGCUCAUUGAGGGCAAGUCCCCCAUCAUCUCAGGGGUGAUGAAGGCCAUCUCGUCGCCCACUGUGUCCCGGCUCACAGACACGACCAAGUUCACGGGCUCCCACAAGGAACGCUUCGACCCAUCAGGAGCAGGAGCAGCGUGGAGUCAGAGGGAGCCACCCUGGUUAGCACCUCCCUGCAAAUACUACCCCUACAUGUCCUUGUUCGCAGACUCGCCUACUGGCAGAUCAAUCCCAUCUUUUCAGGGUGUUUUAGAAAACUGAGCUGUAGGCCCUGAACACGUUUCAAAACUUCAGCUGAUUAUGAACGGGAGGCACAGCUCUGCCCCACAAUCAUACCAGGUAGAAAAGAGCUUCCGCGGUUUACUAGGUGCGUGGAGGCGACCCAGACGCGGCCUAGCAGCCGCCACGCGGAAACAGGCCCAGCAUCUUCUUGAGCUCCUUGUAGCUCCAGUGCAGCUGCUCCACCUGGGCCUUGUGUUGCGCGCGCACCUGGCUCAGUUCCUGCAGGAGGUGUUCCUUGGUGCUGACCAGGGAGCUGGAGGAGGGCUUGGGGAAGCGACGCCUGAGGACUGCCUGCCGCCUCCUCUCCAGCAGCAUCCUCCCUCACCUGGCCGGGGCCCUCCCGGUCCACACCGGUCCCCGCAGCCAACACCCUCCCAUUUCCCACCGGCUCCGGCUCCUGCCAUCCACCCCUGGCCUCCAGACGGUGUGAGGCUAUGCGUGACCCGAGCCCUCGGCCACCAGGCCACGUGCAGGCUCAGCACCCAGACGGACGGGCAAAGGCAACGGAUGACGGAGGGGUGCCUCGCUACUCCCGCCACACCUGUUUUCUGAGAAAACCAUCAUCAUCUUCCCAGCUAGCAGAACAAUGUUCUCAUUCUGGAACAGAUCCAAAGACUGACAUAUUUCUAUCUCCCGGUCCGAUGUAAAGGGGCUCCCUGAAUAAUUCUGACAUAGUGACUGCAUAACUGAAGAGUCCUGGUUUUACAGUGUUGACCACGGUUGCCUUUGGAAGGACUUCAGGGAAGAAGCGGCCCUGUACUGCCCACUUGGCCAUCUGUGAAGUGCCCUCGCCCUCCACUCGGCAGUGACCAGGGAUAGAUGGGAGCGGGGCCGUCUUCCCACAGACGCAUGCCCCCGAAGACAGACCUCCUGUGCAGGCACCAGCCAUCUGCUCCAGCCAGGCUAAGGCCUAGAGUGGAUGAAGUCAGUGUGGACCACCACUGCCCCCCACCUCCACCCACUGCACGGCAGCCCAGUCCACACGGAGCCCACAGUGCUGCAGAUGGGGGCCCAUCGGGUUCUGGGAGCCAUCCUGCCUCACCUAUCCACCCCCCCCACACCCAUGACAGCUACCUUUUGCUCCCUUCCGCUGCUCCAUCUAUGCUCCAGCUCAUCUCCCAGGAGCCCCUUCCCCUCUGUACCUCGUGCUUGGGGUAGGCCCACUGACCCCCCAGUGUCACAGCCUGGCUCCACCUAGGGCCGUGCUGCACUCGAGCCUGGGGGAGGUGUGUGGGACUCAGCCCAAAGUGGGGGACUAGGGGUGAGUUGGGCUCAUGCUCUGCACCUCCAAAGUACACCUCACACCACCCAGUGGGCGGCAUGCCUCCUCCCUGCACCUGCUUCCCAGCACACGAUUCUCUGGAUAGAAACUGAUGCUUCACCUAGACAGCCCCCACACUGCCUGCUCCCUUCUCACCACCCAUCACACAGCUGGGAGUAAAGGGGGAGGCCCCGCACACUAGGAGAACUGACAGGAACCACGCAGGGUGGACCAAGACAGCCCAGAGUCUCUCAGCAGCUCUCACCUGCCCCUCACAGACGCAGCAGCAAGAAGGGACUCGCUUUUCCUGAAGAAAGGGGAGCUCAGGGGAGUUGUAAGUCAACCGGAGACGCGUGUGGCACAGGGCCUGCAUGCUGCGAAGCCACCAGGCGACUCCUCUGCGUACCCUGCUGUCACUGGGGCUGGCCCUGCUUCCCCCUGCCCUCCCCCCCUGCCCCGGGCAGGCACCUGUGGCUCUCCUGCAGCAUCUGGGUCAGCUCCCGGACCUUGUCAUAGUGCUCCAGAUGCUGCUUCAACUCCACGAUCUCACCAGAGAGCCUCUUCACACUUGUUUCAAGUCCUGAAAGAGAAAAAAAGUAGCAUCAAAAGAGCUUCCCUGUCCCUAGGUCUGCCCAAAGAAAUGCCUUGGGAAAACCAAAAACCCAAAAAAGCCAACAAACAAACAAACAAAAAACCUAAACAAAACAAAACAAAAAGAGGCAGAGAGAAUGCAGUUAAGGCAGAAGAUUCUACACUCAUAACCCUAAUGGACCUGAUCAGUAUAGCUAUGUCAUGUUUCUGUAGAAGUCCUAAGCUUCUGAGAUGACAAGGAGACACAUAAAAUUCUUGGACCAAUCCCUGUUAUCAAUGGCAAGUUUUCUGUGGUGAGAGAUGAAGAGGAACAAAAGAAUAAAAAGUCUUAAGCAAGCA